AUCAUAGUCAAGUAACAAGCCCUCAUGUAAUUACACUGUGUACAUGUACUGUGCAUUACAUGCUGUGUGUAUAAUAAUAAUAUCAGCAGUAGUGUGUGUAUUCUACAUGCUGUACAGUCGUAUUUAAGCAGUGAAUUUCAGCGUUACUAUUAGCUAAAAAGUGUCUUUAAAAUCAUCUAUGCAAAUUCAAAGAGCAAAUUCACCUUUACACAACAAUUUGGAUAUGGAUAAAGUCGUUCUUAUAACGGGAGCUUCCGGUCUUCUUGGUCGCGCUAUUCUGCGGAUAUUUGAAGAAGCAGGAUGGCAGGCUUUCGGAUUGGCAUUUUCAAGAGCCUCGAGGAAUUCCAAGCUAAUCAGAGUGGAAUUACGAGAUUUCGCGGCGGUAAAUGAUGUCGUUAGCGAAAAAAAGCCUUCGAUCAUUGUGCACUGUGCGGCGGAAAAAAAUCCGGAUGCGGCCGAAAAACAACACGACGCAACUGACGAGAUCAAUGUGAAAGCAACGGAAAAUUUAGCCAAUGUUGCAGCCGCCAACAAAGCGCUCCUCAUUUACAUUAGCACAGACUCGGUGUUCGAUGGUUUUCACCCUCCUUAUGAAGAGAAUUCCUCAGAUGUUAAUCCUGUGAAUUACUAUGGAAAGACGAAAUUGUCUGGAGAACAUGUGACGCUUUCUCAUAACGGUAUUGUGUUGCGGAUACCUUUUUUGUACGGGCCCGUAGACGAGGUGUCAGAGAGUUCAAUGUUAACCUUAUUCCGCCAACUGGAAGAGUCCAAUAAACGUGUCGUUCUAUUGGAUUACGACCUUCGGUAUCCCACGCACGUCGACGAUGUAGCACGCGCAGUCCUAACUCUUGCUGAAUCUUUCUUACGGAAUAAUUCCUCGGUUAAGGGCGCAUACCAUUACGCCGGGCAAGAAGGUUACACAAAAUACCAAAUGGCGGUGCUUCUAUCGAAGCUGUUCCAGUUACCACAUGGCCAUUUAGUAGCGGACCCCAAUCCCCCAAGUUCAGGAGCGAAUCGUUCGCAAGAUCCUCGGCUUCUGUGCAGUAGAUUGGCCAGCCUGCGUGCUCCAGAACCAAGGCCAUUUGGUGACGGUGUGAAGCAGGUUAUUCAAGACUUCAAACUGAAAACUGACACCGGAAGUGGAUAAAGGCUUUCGAAAAGGGCAGCGCCGCAUCAAGAUUCCAGAUAAUGCUGUUUGUGUUUGGCAAUUUGCGUGUUUUGUUCCACCAGUUAUCGGUUGGAAUUAAAUGCUGCUUUCCAAGCGAUAAAAGUUUGGACGUUGGUCUUUAAAUUCAUUUUCAAAUUUGCUUCGUGAUAACAUUUUCUACCAUAAAGGUUUUGCGGUCUCGCUAAGCAAAUGGUGCUUCAUCUCUGCGCUGAGUCUGCAAACUAUUUACACUGCAAACUAUUUAUAGUAGACAAUUUAUAGAGCAAA